AUUGUGUAGGAUCUUCAGAAAGAAGUGAAAGAUGUUCGGUAUUGCCUGAAACAAAAAGAAUUCGACUUGGAUCUGAUUCGAUCAGAGAAGGAAGAACUUCGCAAGGAGAUGAAGGAGCUAGAAAAAACCAGAUCUGGUGAACAAAGAGCGUUCUUGAACGAGUUUACUGACUUACGCAAGACGAACUUAGAACAAGGAGAAAAGAUACAGGAGCUCUUACAACAGCUUAACAUGGCCGAAGAACGUGAGAGUCAGACUGAACGUGAAACAGACGAGUUACGAGGAAAACUAAAUCACAUCCAGCAACAGCUCACAGACAAUGAAGGUAAAACCGAGAUGUAUAGGAAAACGGUUGAAGAACAAGAACAAAAACUUGAAGAAUGUCAGCUGAGACUGCAGUCAGAAGUGAAGACCCCACAAGAAUCAGUGGUAAAAGAACUGAAG